CAUUCUUGUGCUCGAGUUUUUCUCUGAUAAUGUACAUGUUUUGCUUCGUUGUUUCCGAAUGAAGUAAUCACGUAUGCUGCGUGAACAUUUUCAAUUUUUCAUAGCUGAAGUUGCUUGCGUGAAACUUCUUGAUCCGAUGCAGUACUGUAUAGCUUUACUGUAGUUUCAAUGAUCAUAACGUUAUUUUAUGAAUUGUGAAUAAUUUUUAUCAGUUUAUUAAUAAGUGAUUUAUUAAUUAUUAAGAAUCAUGGGGUUCAAGUUCCUGGAAAUUAUUAAGCCUUUUUGUAGCAUACUGCCUGAAAUUGCAAAACCGGAACGUAAAAUUCAGUUCCGUGAGAAAGUACUAUGGACAGCUAUUACUUUAUUUAUUUUCUUAGUAUGUUGUCAAAUUCCGCUAUUUGGUAUCAUGUCAUCAGACUCGGCCGAUCCGUUUUACUGGAUUCGGGUGAUUUUAGCCUCGAAUCGAGGUACAUUGAUGGAAUUAGGUAUAUCACCGAUCGUUACCUCCGGACUUAUUAUGCAGUUGUUGGCCGGAGCUAAAAUUAUCGAAGUAGGUGAUACACCCAAAGAUAGAGCACUUUUCAAUGGAGCCCAAAAACUCUUCGGUAUGGUUAUUACCGUCGGUCAAGCUAUUGUGUACGUAAUGACCGGUAUGUACGGAGACCCGUCAGAGAUCGGAGCUGGUGUGUGUUUAUUGAUCAUUAUUCAAUUAUUCGUCGCCGGAUUGAUCGUUUUGCUUCUGGAUGAAUUAUUACAAAAAGGAUAUGGCUUGGGAUCUGGUAUUUCUCUUUUCAUUGCUACUAAUAUUUGCGAAACUAUUGUAUGGAAAGCUUUCAGUCCUGCUACUAUGAAUACCGGUCGCGGCACUGAAUUCGAAGGGGCUGUGAUCGCUUUAUUCCAUUUGUUAGCCACGAGACAAGAUAAAGUUAGAGCAUUACGCGAAGCUUUCUACCGACAGAAUUUACCCAAUUUGAUGAAUUUAUUGGCUACUGUACUAGUGUUCGCCGUCGUUAUCUACUUCCAAGGUUUUAGAGUAGAUUUACCCAUCAAAUCUGCUAGAUACAGAGGUCAGCAUAGCAGUUAUCCCAUUAAAUUAUUCUACACAUCGAAUAUUCCCAUAAUCUUACAGUCAGCUUUAGUUUCUAAUUUAUACGUUAUUUCUCAAAUGUUAGCUGUGAAAUUCCAAGGAAACUUUUUAGUUAAUUUGUUGGGUGUUUGGGCUGAUGUUGGAGGCGGUGGCCCGGCUAGAGCGUAUCCAGUCGGUGGCUUAUGUUAUUACUUGUCUCCUCCUGAGAAUUUGGGCCAUAUAUUGGAAGAUCCAAUCCACGCCAUUUUAUACAUCAUUUUCAUGCUCGGAUCUUGUGCGUUUUUCUCGAAAACUUGGAUCGACGUUAGCGGAUCGUCAGCGAAAGAUGUCGCCAAACAACUAAAAGAACAACAAAUGGUUAUGUGCGGUCAUAGAGAUAAUUCGAUGAUUCACGAGUUGAAUCGCUAUGUACCGACGGCGGCUGCUUUCGGAGGUUUAUGUAUUGGAGCAUUAUCGGUAUUGGCCGAUUUUAUGGGCGCCAUCGGAUCAGGAACCGGAAUUUUACUAGCUGUAACUAUUAUAUACCAGUAUUUCGAAAUAUUUGUGAAAGAACAAAGUGAAAUGGGGGGAAUGAGUACAUUACUGUUCUAAAGAUAUUCGUUGUUUUGUUCCGUAAUUCAAAACUACCGUUGCUUUACGCUAGGAGUGAAUAUGUAGAUGUAUUUGUGUAUAUGCUCUUUUUCCAUGUUUCCCUUCAGUUUCUCCCAUUUUUUUUUUUUUUUUUUUUUUUUUUUUUUUUUUUUUUGGUAU